AUGAACUAUCUCCUGCCGCCCGAAUGGACAACAACUUUCGUCCCCUUGCAGGACAAGUGUCCCGUUUCGUCGUUUGAAUCAAUCCAAGACAUGUUCCGCAAAGAUACCAAUGGAGAGCUAUGGGACAUCUUUUCCGAGUUCUCAAUUGAACCAAUUGGCGCAGCAUCUCUUGCCCAGGUCCAUCUAGCAACGUUGAAGGAGACUGGUCGCAAAGUUGCUGUUAAAGUGCAGCACCCUGACCUUGAAGCAUUUGCGCCAUUGGAUCUCGCUCUUACAAAAUACACUUUCUCUACGUUGAAACGAUUUUUCCCCGAAUACGACCUCGAAUGGCUUUCUUCCGAGAUGGAAGUGUCACUGCCAAAGGAACUCGACUUUCAAGAGGAGGCAGACAACGCCAGGCGGAUGAAGGCACAUUUUGCCAAGAUGCCGGAGCUGCCUCUGGUUAUUCCCGAGGUGAUUUGGGCCAAGAAGCGUAUCAUAGUCAUGGCUUGCGAAUCUGGUGCUCGACCUGAUGACCUGGAAUACCUGGACAAGAACGGAAUCGACCGCGACGAGGUCUCUGCCACGCUAGCACGCAUUUUCAACGAAAUGAUUUUCGGAGAUGGCGCUCCGCUGCACUGCGACCCUCAUGGUGGGAACAUUGCCAUUCGCAAGAACGAUGCUCGCCGCGGCAUCGGACGCGGCCCAAACUUUGACGUCAUACUGUACGACCACGGCCUCUACAGAGAUAUCCCGCUGCCCUUGCGGCGCUCAUACGCCAAGAUGUGGCUGGCAGUCAUUGACGGCGACAUGGACCGCAUGAAGAAGUACUCGCACGAAGUUGCCGGCAUCAGCGACCAAGACUUUCCCCUCUUCGCGUCCGCCAUCACAGGACGCGACUUCAGCGUCGUCAGUAACCAGGGCUCUAUCCUGCAGACGCGCAGCGCCGACGAGGAGCAAAACAUGAGCUCGUCCCUCCAAGGGGGGCUCAUUGUCGACCUAGUCCAGAUGCUCAGCCGGGUGCCGCGCAUCAUCCUGCUCAUUCUCAAAACAAACGAUUUAACACGAAGCCUGGACGAGAGCCUACAUACUCGUCAGGGUCCUAUUCGCAGCUUUCUGAUUCUCGCGCGGUACUGCACGCGCACCGUCUUCCAUGAACAGCUAGAGCAGAUUCAGGAAAAGGGAUCACUGCUUUGGCCGCCAAAUGGCUUGAGGGUGCUUGCCGCGUGGCUGGGUUACCUGAGGGUGGAGGUGAAGCUGGAGGCCUUUGAGCUCUGGCUGGGUGUCAAGCGGAUGCUGGGCUUGAGGGUGGACUUUGCUGGCGGUUCGCAAUUGUAG